AUGAGCACCGAGCCGCUUCUCGCUGAGUCGCGUCGAGUCCAGAGGUCGUCUUCAACUUCAGAUAUGGGCUAUGAAAACGGGAUCGUGCACGAGGAUGUCCUCGAUACUUACCGCGAUGACCACGAUGCGGACUUGGUUACUGCUACCGAGGCCCGCUCGCUGUCGCGUGGUCUUGGUCUCUUCUUGGGGCUCGGAGGUGCUAUACAGACGGCUGGCCCGCUCGGGGCUCUGCUGGGUUACGCUAUCGUCGGGCUUAUCGUGUGCGCCGUGACUUUUGCAUUGGGCGAGGUGGCUGCCCUCCUGCCUGUGACGGGCUCCUUCGUUCGACACGCCGAAUUCCUUGUAGAUCCGGCACUCGGAUUUGCCGUGGGUUGGAACCUGGUAUACGGCGCCGCGCUGUCGAUCCCGAGCGAGCUUACAGCCAUCUGUGUAUUGUUCACCUACUGGACCGAGGACGUACACCCAGCAGCCUACAUCAUGAGCUUCAUCGUGUUAACCUUCAUCGUGGGCAUAUCCUUCGUGCGCGUCUUCGGUGAGGUUGAGUUCGUGUUCGCCCUGCUCAAGGUCCUGCUCAUCGUCUUCCUUAUCAUUUUCGAUAUCAUCGUUGCUGCCGGUGGUAUCCCCGGGAUCCCAGCCACCGGUUUCAAGUACUGGCGCGACCCGGGCCCCUUCGUUGAGUAUAUCGCCCCCGGAAAUUUAGGUCGCUUUCUGGGCUUUUGGAGCGUCCUAGCCAGCGCCGUUUUCUCCUUCGCAGGCGUCGAGUCCAUCGCCAUGCCUGCGGCCGAACUAAGGAACCCGGCGAGAGCUAUCCCGCGUGCUUUGUGUGUCGUGUUCAUUCGUGUGCUACUAUUCUAUAUGUUGGCCAUCUUCGUAGUGGGUUUAUUGGUAGCCAGCGACGAUGACCGACUCAACGAUUCCUCAGGCACCGCCGCUCAGAGCCCGUUCGUCAUUGCAGUCUCAGCCGCCGGUAUCAGCGCUAUUCCCAGUGUCGUCAACGCCAUAGUUAUCACCUCAGCUUGGUCAUCCUCAAACCAGACCUUGCUAUCCGGUACGCGUGUGCUAUACGCCUUAGCUCUGAAAGGACAGGCUCCUCGCGUGUUCCUCCGCACUACAUCCUGGGGUACCCCUUACGCCUGCGUGCUGUUCUACACCGCAUUCAUGUUUCUCAGCUUCCUGAGCCUGGACUCAAGCGCACUGACCGUGUUCUGGUACCUCGUCGAUCUAACGGCAGCUAGCAUUCUAGUGUCGUGGAUCACGAUCUUAAUUAACCACAUUCGACUCAAGUUGGCCGUGGCCAAGCAAGGUAUCCCGGUUUCACGGCUGCCGUGGCAUAACUGGUGGUCUUACUACACCUCGAUCCUCGCUCUUAUAAUGUGUAUUAUCAUAUUGUUGACAGGUGGCUUUGAGGUCUUCACAGCAGGAAAUUGGGAUGCUAGCGGCUUCAUCUCAGCCUACUUGGACAUGCCGCUCGUGCUUUGUGCAUAUCUGAUAUAUAAGUAUGUUAAGAAAACUAGGGUUGCGUCGCUGAAGAGCAUACCGCUCGAUGAUGCAAUUUUACAGGCAGAUCAGUAUCCCGAUGAACCUGAGGAGAAAUCGGGAGGCUGGAAACGCACGAUCUCUUGGCUCUGGGAUUAA